AUCAAUUUUUCCAUUUCAAUCGUUUUCACUGUCUGAGAUAACAAGAUCUCAAACCAAAUUAUCUCUAUUCACAACUCAGAUGCACAAAUAAUAAUUAUACACUCAUUUUUCGAUCCAAAUCCUCUUUAUGUCUUGUUUAGCACUUUCUUUGCAACCUUCCAAUGGAUCUGAUAUUCUUCUUCAAACCCGCGAGUGGUUCCCACCCUCACGCGCCCUCGGUGCCCUCUCCGCUUUUCGACAUACGCGACGCGCCUUCGCCGCCAACAAAAACAAAAACAACGUUCCCGACGACGCCUACGCCGCCGAAUCCAUCGGCGAUGAUCCCCUCGCCGCUUCCAGCGGCCAAGUCAUCGUCGGUGUCGAAAGCCGCUACCGUAUCGUUUACCGUUUAGUCAACGGAAUCUACGUUCUUGGAAUAACCGUCGCCGAUCACGACAAUUCUGUCAACGUCUUUGAAUGCAUCCACAUCGUAAACCAAGCUGUCAGUGUCGUCGUCACCGCCUGCCGCGGCGUCGAUGUCACGCCAGAGAAGCUCGGCCGGAAAUACGCCGAGAUCUACAUGGCACUCGACAUUGUCCUCCGUGGUGUUAGCAAUAUCCGCCUCGCCGCAAUGCUCGCCUCCCUGCACGGCGACAGCAUCGCGAAAAUGGUGCAUUCCGCCAUCGAUACCGAGAACAAGAUCCGUGGCGCUGAUAAUUGGUCUUCGGUGGAAGUGCAUUCCAUCGAACACCAAGCGAGCAUUGAUGCCUUUGCUAAUGCCAGAUUUGAAUUGCCACAGGAGACUCUCGAAGCCGGCGACGAAGUUGUGGCUGGCCUGGCCGCUCCGGUGGCAGGUGAACAGAAUGAAGAGAUUCAACAAAAGCAAAAACAGGAAGAGAAUGAAGUUGAAAAGGAUCCAUUUGCAGCUAGUGAUGCCAUUAACAAACCUCAAGAGCUUGUGAGUGGGUUUAAGAAAACUAAAGAUGGUUCUUCCACUGAUUUAACUACAGCUUUGGAAGGUCUUGAUGUUACUACAUUGCCACCACCAGAGGCCACACAAUCAACUCAUAUAAACGUGGAAGGUUUUGAAGGGAACUAUGGUGGAGUUGAAUUUGGAAUGGAACAAGCUUCAAUUGGUGAAGCUUUUGAAGGUUUCAAUGAUGCUUGGGGUGGUGGACUUGAUGUUUCAGAGUUUGUGGGUACAACCAAGGCUCCAAAACCACAAGGUCUUGGUGGUGUUGAGCUCUUGCAGACAGGACCAGAUGUUGCACCUAAAGCAACAACACCUGGUGAGGGUGAUGCACUUGAGAAUUUGGUGAAGAAAACUGAGAUGAAGGGUCCUGAGAUGUAUAUCUCAGAAGAGAUUAGUGCAGAGUUUAGGGAAUCAUUGCUUGCAAGGGUUGGAUUAAUGGGUGUUGUUUACCUUAGAACUUUGCCGCCUAAAAGUUCCGGUGGGGAUAAAGAAACCGAAUUCUCAUUCCGUGUUGAGGGAACCAGUGCUGUAAAAAGAUUUGCUCUGCAGACCUCUCGUGUUAGUAGCCUUGAGAAUGGGUUGUUUCAUGUGAGGACUGCAGCGUCAGAGGAGCCUAUACCGAUUAUGAAGUUUAGUUUGCUUCCAAAGUUGACACCUUUGCCUUUGAGAGUUCGACUUAUAAAACGACACACGGGGAGUUUCAUUUCUGUGAUGAUACAAUAUGUUUCAAACCCUGAUUUGCUUGCUCCAUUGAGUGAUGUUACAUUUGUUCUUAAACUACCUGUUGACCCAACACUCUUGAAGGUUUCUCCUAAAGCUAUUUUGAAUAGGGUUGAUAAAGAAAUUAAAUGGCAUGUGCCUGAGGUUCCAUUAAAGGGUUCUCCUGGAAGAUUGAGAGUAAGGAUGCCUGUAGAUUCUAACGAAGACGAUGAAGAAAUUGAGGUAGUUGGUUAUGUUAAAUUUUCUGUACAAACAACUCAGUCUUUAUCUGGAGUUUCUCUACGGCCUGCUUCGGAGGGAAAGACAGACUUCUAUGAGGUUAGUCACAAACUUGAGAGUGGGGUUUACAUGUGUAACUGAUUUGUAAUCAUAGAUUAUAUUAGGAAAUGUACUUUUUUUCAGUUUGUUUUCAUGAAAUUGUAUGGUUUGGUUGUGUUUAUAACAUUCUUGGAUAUUGAGCAUCUACCUUGAAAAUCUUUGUUUCUAUGUUUCGGCUAUAAAUUUUCAUCAAUGGAUUGUAUUUGUUUUGCACAA